CUGAACAUUAAGCUGUCAUCGCAGAGGAAGAAGAUAAGGGCUGAUGCUAUACGACCAUGAUGUCGCCAGUUUUGUAUAUUCUUGCCUGUGGUUUUGUGUCCGUUGAGACACAACUCAGAAAAGCCACUGGUGAAUUCCGCCUCUACAAUGACAUCAUCUGGAACAACAACCCAUACGAGAGGCCCGUCUACAACAAAUCCGAAACUAUUACAGUUGAAUUUGACUUUAAUCUACACACAGUGAGCCAAUACAUUGAGUCACAACAACAGCUCCUAUGCACAGGGUGGUUUUUUGUGACGUGGUCUGAUCAGUUUCUCACCUGGAAUUCUGAGAUGUAUGACGGAGUUGAGUUUAUCAGACCACCAGAUAGCUACGUGUGGAAACCUGAUAUUGUUGUGUCCAAUUCCUUCCAACAGCUCGACCGCCUUGGAGGAGAUUUCGUGUCUCUGAAACUAUUUUCAAAUGGACAUAUACAGUGGAUGCCUGGGGAUUUAUUCUACCUGCCAUGUAAUGUUGACGUUGAGUUGUACCCAUUUGAUAGCCUGAGGUGUUUUAUGAAUCUGGUUGUGUGGUCACACUCAGUGACAGAAGUUGACCUGAAACCACGGCAAUCUCGUGCUGGAGUGUCCAGUUCCAAUAUACGGGGUCAGUGGAGUUUGACGUCAGCCCCUAUCAUGUCGUUGAAAAAACAUUCUGACAACAAAACAAUGUCAACAGUGAAAAUUACACUCACUCUAGAAAGACUCCCAACCAAUUUUGUCUUUAACUUUAUCCUUCCCGUCAUGAUUCUCUCUCUUCUAGGAACGUUUGUGUUCCUCAUUCCAGCAGAUUCAGGAGAAAAAGUAUCAUUUGCCAUCACAAUUCCUCUUUCUUAUGGUGUCUACAUGGGAUUUCUAACAAACAUGGUACCACAAAGUUCCGAGGGUGUGUCCACCUUUAUCAUUUUCCUUGGAAUCACGCUAUCAUUGUCUGCGUUAUUUGUCAUCCUCAGCAUAUUCAGUGUCAGGAUCUCAGCACGCAGUAAUUCACGACCCGUUCCUAAAGCAUUCCAAAGAAUCACCGUCUGGGUUGAACAUGUUAAAAACUGUGGUCGACAAAGAAGGUUGCAUCCUAACCAUAUCUCUGAGGACACAGAACAAUCAGAUGAGUGCGAGGCUAAGGAACAUAUUCAAGUAAUGACGUGGAAUCGAGUGAGCUCAGCUCUGGAUCUGUUUUUCUUCUGGGUGUUGUGUAUACCUUUGUUGAUAGUGAUUCCAGUACUGUUGCUGUCCAUAGCAGUGCUUUAA